UCUCUGUCUCCCGCAACAGCGAGAAACCCUACAGUUUUCACUCCAAAAACCUCUCUAAUCGCCAUAUGAUUUAAUUUUACUCGUUAAUUUUGCUGUAAAUCUCUACGCCUUUCUCGUCGAUUAUUUGUAUUUGAGAUCCGGAUUUGGUACGGUUUUUGCUCUAAUGCCACGGUACUACUGUGAUUAUUGCGACACUUACUUGACCCAUGAUUCUCCUUCCGUCAGAAAGCAGCAUAAUGCUGGUUACAAACACAAGGCAAAUAUAAGGGCUUAUUACCAGAAGUUUGAAGAACAGCAAACACAGAUUUUGAUUGAUCAGAAGAUCAAGGAGCAUCUUGGGCAGGCGGCAGCAUACCAACAAAUUGGUGCAGCUUAUAACCAACAUCUUGCUGCUUACCCUGGAGGACGACCACGCCUGCCUAUACCACCUCCAAUGUUGCCUAUUCCAGGCGCAAUGCCGCUGGCCCCUGGUGUAAGACCACCUGUUUUGCCAGUUCCUGUUCCUGGUUAUGGAGCUGCUCCACUGGGGCCAAUGCAGCCCCAACCUGGUUCUUCUUUGCCCCUACCACCGGGUGGGGCUCCAGCGCCACCAAGUACAAGUGCCCCUCCACCAGUUCCAGGAGGAGGCCCACCCCCUAGUUCUAGUGGUGUUCUUCCCCCUGCUACACAAAUGUUUAAUGCUAAUCCCACUGGAACUACUGCUGCUACUGCAACUCCAGGGGGCUAUUCUUAUCCACAAACCUCCCAGACGAGUAAUUGAUUUGUCUGAAAAGGUUAAGAGUAUUCAAGUUGCGCUGAGCACUGCCUUUCCAGUCCCUAGAAUGUAGCAUUUCAAGUCUCCAGAGAGAGAUUAGGGUACAUAUGUACUAAAACCAUGUUACUGAAUUAGCUUGGCCAUGAAAACUGCUAAUUCUUCGACUAGUUGUUACUCAAAGAUAAUGGUUGAAUUGGUUGUCCAUAUUUCUCAGUUCUGAUAGUCGACUACAUGCUGUUGGGCCUUGUUUAGUUGAUAAAGAAGACUUGAAAGUAACAUUUGGAUGCUUCA